CAACUUUGUGAACUCUGAAUUUGGCGCUCGGAAGGAAUGCGCACGCGUUGGCUUUGUGUUUGUCCUCUUGCUGUUCCGUUGUGACUUCAGCUCGCGGUGUCCGGUGAAUGUGGCAGCAGUAAACAUGCGGAUUGGCGCGGAGGUCCGGUUCUGCAACUCCUGUUUACCUGCUCGAAAACGGUGCGACGUGUCGGCACACGGGCUCCGUGCGUAACGCUGGUUCUCCAUGGAGCAGAGGCGGAGAGGCCGGAUAACAACUGUCACGGGCUGCACGUUAAGACGGUGAGUGACACUUGAAACGACAUGAGCCACAUCCAGGACGGGAUCACCUUACCGGUGCCGUGCUUCAGGGUUUGCACCGGCGCCGAAAGCGCCAGAACUGGCGGCGGUGAUGAUUGUGGAGGAUUGCCCAGUGUCCCCGCUGCCGGGACUUUCUGGCAGGACUCUGUGAUCGGCGGCGGAGGUCUCGGUCCGACCGACGGUAGCCACACUCCGGACGGCGGAGGUUUGCUGUGCACCGGGAAGUCGCAGAAAGCCAGGCCGGUGACGGUGGCCUACGUGGUGAACGGAGAGGCGAGCCCGCAGAGCAACGCGGAGAGCAUGGCCCUGCAGUGUCUGAAGGACGCCUGCGAGGCGACAGGCUGCAAACUGGAGCCGGUCAACUUUGGAAAGCUGGACUUUGGUGAGACGGCGGUGCUGGACGGGUUUUAUAACGCAGAUAUCGCUGUGGUGGAGAUGUCUGACGCUUUCCGCCAGCCUUCGCUCUUCUACCACCUGGGAGUGAGAGAGAGCUUCAGCAUGGCCAACAACAUCAUCCUGUACUGCGACACCAACGCCGACUCCCUCCAGUCUCUGCAGGAAAUCAUUUGCCAGAAGAACACUACACCUGCGGCCAAUUACACCUUCAUCCCGUACAUGGUGACACCCCACAACAAGGUGUACUGCUGUGAGAGCAGCCUGAUAAAAGGGCUGACGGAGCUGAUGCAGCCCAGCUUUGAGAUGCUGCUGGGCCCUAUCUGCAUGCCGCUGCUGGACCGCUUCAUUCAGCUGCUCAAAGUGCCACAGGCCAACUCCCAUCAGUAUUUCCGUGAGACCAUUCUGAAUGAGAUUCGUAAAGCUCGGGAACUUUACACUGGGAUGGAGCUGGCUGCCGAGCUGGGCCGCAUCCAACGGCGCCUGGACAACGUGGAGUGCCUUUCAGUCGACAUAGUCCUCAAUCUGCUGCUAACGUACAGGGACAUCCAGGAUUAUGAAUCCAUCGUGAAGCUGGUGGAGACACUGGAGAAGCUUCCAACCUUUGACCCUGUGGCUCACCCACAUGUGAAGUUCCAUUAUGCCUUUGCAUUGAAUCGGAGGAACCUGCCAGGAGACCGACAGAAGGCCCUGGAUGUUAUGCUGCCCCUGGUGGAGGGUGAGGAGCAAGUCGCUUCGGAUAUGUACUGCCUCAUAGGACGGAUCUAUAAGGACAUGUUCCUGGAGUCUCAUUUCACUGACACACAGAGCAGAGACAACAGCACAUACUGGUUUAAAAGGGGCUUUGAAUCUGAACCGACACUACAUUCUGGCAUCAACUACGCUGUUCUGCUCUUAGCAGCUGGAUAUCAGUUUGAGACGUCUUUUGAGCUUCGCAAAGUUGGAGUGAAGCUGAGCAGCCUGCUGGGUAAAAAGGGCAGCCUGGACAAGCUGCAGAGCUACUGGGAUGUGGGCUUCUUCCUGGGUGCCAGCAUCCUAGCCUGCGACAACACGAGGGUUAUCCAGGCCUCCGAGAAACUCUUCAAACUCAAAGCACCCAUCUGGUACCUGCGCUCACUGGUGGAGACCAUCCUGAUCUACCAGCACUUUAACAAGCCUGGCACAGAGCAGCCGGCCCCCAAGCAGGAGCUGGUGGACUUCUGGAUGGACUUCUUGGUGGAGGCCACCAAAAAGGACGUGUCUUCUCUCCGCUUUCCUGUGUUGAUUCUGGAACCCACUAAAGUGUACCAGCCUUCAUACUUGUCCAUCAACAAAGAUGUGGAUGACAACACGGUGUCUAUCUGGCAUGUGGAUCCUGAUGACAAGCAAAAGGGGAUUCAUGAGUGGAACUUCAGUGCCACGUCUGUGCGUGGCGUCAGCAUCUCCAAGUUCGAUGAGCGCAGCGCAUUCCUCUACGUCCUGCACAAUGCAGAGGACUUCCAGAUCUAUUUCUGCACAGAGAUACACUGCAAAAGAUUCUGUGAUCUGGUCAACAGCAUAACACAGGAGGCCUGGAAAAGUCCAGAGGAUGGAGACUGUGACACCGACACGUUAGAGUACGACUAUGAGUACGAUGAGCACGGGGAGAGGGUGAUUCUGGGAAAAGGCACAUUCGGAGUGGUUUACGCUGGCCGAGACCUCAGCAACCAGGUGCGGAUUGCCAUCAAAGAGAUUCCAGAGAGAGACAGCAGGUACUCUCAACCCCUCCACGAGGAGAUUGCCCUCCACAAACACCUCAAGCACAAAAACAUCGUCCAGUAUCUCGGCUCCAUCAGCGAAAAUGGUUUCAUCAAGAUUUUCAUGGAACAGGUGCCUGGAGGGAGUCUGUCCGCUCUGCUGAGGUCUAAGUGGGGUCCUCUGAAAAACAAUGAGCCCACCAUCGGCUUCUACACACGGCAGAUCCUGGAGGGACUAAAAUACCUGCAUGACAACCAGAUCGCUCACAGAGACAUCAAGGGUGAUAACGUUCUCAUCAACACCUACAGCGGUGUCUUAAAGAUAUCUGAUUUUGGGACAUCCAAGAGAUUGGCUGGGAUCAACCCGUGCACUGAGACUUUUACAGGCACACUACAGUAUAUGGCUCCCGAAAUUAUAGACAAGGGACCCAGGGGCUACGGGAAGCCAGCGGAUAUCUGGUCUCUGGGCUGCACCAUCAUUGAGAUGGCAACUGGGAAACCACCUUUCUAUGAACUGGGGGAACCACAAGCUGCCAUGUUCAAGGUGGGCAUGUUUAAAAUCCACCCAGAGAUUCCAGAUUCCAUGUCCCUGGAAGCCAAGGCCUUCAUCCUGCGCUGCUUCGAGCCCGACCCGGAUCGUCGUGCAACAGCUUUCGACCUCCUCACUGAUGAAUUCCUCACAGUCACCAGUCGCAAGAGGAAAAGCAAGAGUAGCGUCACAGCUCUGUCACCAGGUUCAGAGUAUCUACGCAGCAUCUCCCUGCCAGUGCCAGUGGUGGUGGAGGACACCAGCAGUAGCAGCGAGUACGGCUCGGUCUCCCCCGACAACGACCUCGGCACCAACCCUUUUAUCUUCAAGCCUAGCGUCAAGUGUUACAGCGAGAAGGACGUCAAAGGACCGAGGUCCCUCUUCCUCAGCAUUCCAGUGGAGAACUUUGAGGACCACAGUGCGCCUCCAUCUCCAGACGAGAAGGAUUCAGGUUUCUUUAUGCUUCGGAAGGACAGCGAGCGCCGGGCGACCCUGCACCAAAUCCUGACUGAUGACCGGGACAUGGUGGUGUCCAAUCUGAUGGAGGCACUCACACAGGGCACUGAGGUCCUGAAACUGAAGCCUCAGCACAUCUCCACACUUGUGGCAAGUCUGGCCGACUUUGUCCGGAUGGCAGACCGCAAGAUCAUCGCCAACACGUUGUCUCAGCUGAAGCUGGAGCUGGAUUUUGACAGCACGGCCAUCAGCCAGCUGCAGGUCGUCCUGUUCGGCUUCCAGGAUGCUGUAAACAAAGUCCUGAGAAACCACAACAUCAAACCUCAUUGGAUGUUCGCCCUGGACAACAUCAUACGCAAAGCUGUGCAGACCGCCAUCACCAUCCUGGUGCCGGAGCUGAGGCCUCACUUCAGCUUGACCUCAGAGAGCGACCACGCUGACCAAGAGGACGUAGAUGACGACGCGGAGCCAGAGAGACGCUCCGCCCUCCGUAGCCGGGCUCCACCCAUCGCCACUCACGACGACACUGUGGCCACUUCUGGCGUGAGCACACUGAGUUCCACUGUGUCGCACGACUGCCACAAUGCACAGCACUCUGUGAGCAUGGAGCUGGGCAGGAUGAAGCUGGAGACCAACAGGCUCCUGGAGGAGCUGCUGGAGAAGGAGAGAGAAUACCAGGCCAUCCUUCAACAGGUUCUAGAGGAGAGGGAGCAGGAGAUCAGACUACUGAAGCUGCAGACUGAGCCUGCAGGCGUUCCCACAUCCUCAGUUGGCCUUGAGAGACGAUGCAGUCCGUCUUCAAACAGAUAUGAGGACCCGGAGCUGACCCGCUGGCUGCAGCUGUAUGGUGUAGAUCAGGACACCAUAGACAGGAUACAAAGUGAAGAGUAUACGCUGAACAACAUGCUACAUGAUGUUACAAGAGAAGAUCUGAAGAGUUUAAGAUUAAGGGGUGGGAUCUUCUGCAGAAUGUGGAAGGCCAUCACAGACUACAGGCAGAAGAAGCCGACAUGAUGCCUUAUGUGGUGACAACCAACCAGAGAACCCAGGACUUCUGUCCCAACAACUUGGUGUUCUUCAUUUUACCUCAGUAUUUACAGGAAUGAGACUUUGUGUCUACCAAAUGGGCAGACAUUCAAGAAAAUCUUUACCCAAUUUGGUCCCCACAGGUAGCUCAGUAGGACAGGAGUUGGACUACCAAUAUGUAGACCUGGGUCACGCUACCUGUCUGUGUUCUUGGAUUAGACAUUUCAUCUGUUUUGUCUCAGUCCACCCAGCUGUAUAUAGGUACUGGCCUUGGCUGGGGAAGUAACCUGUGAUGGACUGGCGUCUCAACCAGGGGGUGUUGUAGAGUCUUAUCCCCUUCAUGCUCCAGAAUCUGGGGAUAAGCACCGGCACCAUCGGGGCCUCAGAGCCUCCAGAGGGCUGACGUCUAUUUCCAUCCUCAGUGGACUAUUUUAAUAAUCUCACAUAGGAAAUAAAGGGAUUUUUUUUUAAGUGAAGUAAUUUUGAAAGCAAGAAUUAACCAGAAACAUCACCAGUUUUUCUACGCCGACUGGACAAGAUGGAAUUUUUUGUUACAGCUGCGUAAAAGGAACAAUUAUUUUAAAAUGUUGGAAACUGUCAAGAGAUUUUCUCCUGUCUUUCAAGAUAAGUUUACGAAACUGGAGACUGACACAAAGCCUGAGACACAAAAUACUACAUUCGAAACCAGUUUUGUUCUUAUAUUUGUACCAAUGCUUUUAUUGUUGGCAUCUUGUCACUACUUUAAAUGUAUUUUUAAUUUAAUUGCUAUGACCUGAAGGAUGUCCAUGCAUGCCCUGUUUUUAUCUGUACUGAGAUGUAUUUAAAAGAAAAUAUUUCCUUUUUUAUAUCUGUUUUUUCCUUUUUCAGCCAUAAAUAUUGUUAUCCAAUUAUAUGUGAAUAACAUUGUAUACAGUGCAUCCGGAAAAUAUUCACAGUGCUUCACUUUUUCUACAUUUUGUUGCAUAUAUUACAACCUUAGUCCAAAAUGCUGAAAUUUUUAUUUUUUCCCUCAAAAUUUUACUCAUGACAACAUGAAAAAGGUUUUUUGACAUUUUUGCAAAUUUAUUAAAAAUAAAAACUUAACCCUUUGCUCGAAACUUUAUUCAUGCACCUUUGGCAGCAAUUACAGCCUCAAGUCUUCUUGAAUAUGAUGCACCUAUCUUUGGGCAGUUUGGCCCAUUCCUCUUUGCAGCACCUCUCAAGCGCUAUCAGGUUGGAU